AGGAAUCAGAAGCAAAGGAUGAGGAGGAGAUGGUCCUACCACUAGGAGAUUGGCAGUGCUUAGACAAUUACUCCAGAGACCUAUAUAAAGGACGAGCAUCCUAUCCCAGGACGCACAACAGCUCAAUCCUCAGAGGCAAAGAUGAAGUUCCUGCUCCUUAUCGCCCUUGGCCUCGUGGCCCUUAGCGCCGCUCGCCCUUCAGACGACAUCGUCGACUUCGAGCUCGACAACCAAGAGCAGGAGCAGGAGGGGCAGCCAGGAAGAGCCGUCAAGGGAGAGUACUCAUGGACCGCUCCUGACGGUAACGAAUACUUCGUCAAGUACGAGGCUGACCGCUUCGGCUACAGAGUCGUCGAGGACAACGUCGUGCCAAGGACCUUCCAGGGAGACCAGCCUGAUGACGAUGGCGAAGGCGACGACGACGACGAGAAUAACUGAAGGAGGUCUUAGGAAACCUUUUAGGAAUUCUUAGGAAUCCUGAGGAAUUAUGUUGACGGACGGUGCAGCACUGAACAAAUUCUUCCUCUUCUUCUUCUUCUUCUUCCUCUCUUAUUCCAGAAAGUCAUUGUCAUGUAUCACCAAGUGAGAUUCAUAGAGGUUCUUAUAUCAGAGUUUAUAAUUAUAUAAAUAUAUAGAGAUAUAUCAUAUAGCUAAAA